AUGUGGUCCAAAGCAAUUCUGUCCGAAACCGUUCUCUUCAUUUUGCUUGCUUCAGUGGUGGUUAUUGCGAGCAGUUUGCCUUAUUACAGAACAUUGCCAUCUUCACGGCUUAACGCUGACAAAUCAACAAAAGAAGAAGGUAGCUAUAGGGUGUAAUUCGCCAUUCUUUUCACUUUAAUUAUUAAAUUUAAAAAGGCUUGCAAGGGACAACUCAGUAUUAUGAACGUAUUAUAAACUGUAAGUUUCAUUUAUUCAAAACGUUGUGAAUUAUUAGCUUUAGCAUUAGGGAAUAUUUUUAUUUUGCUUUAAUUUUUUUCGAAGUUAUUAGGAAAUGUGAAUGUGAAUAUGAAUUUAGUGGUUAUUAGGGCUUCUAAACAUAAAGUAUAUAGAGGCAAUGUUGGGAUUAUGGGGACAUUCUGGUUCACAAUAUCUUAGACAUUUUGUUACAAAAUGUGGAAAAUCUGAGAGUGAAGAAAAAAGAUAGAGAAAGCUGCACAUAUUGAAACAAACGUCAUAAAACUGAUCAUGAAAACAAGCAGGUUGAAUGUUAUCAGCGGAAGCAGAAGGCUAGAGGAUGAAUAUAACACCUUCCAAGAUAUGUACUAUAAUCAGCCUUUGACUGUCGAAGGAAAUGGACAUCUGUCUACCUCCUCAUUGAAACCGUUCGCCAUUUCCUCGCCUUUUUUCCGAUUAUGAACGGUUAAUUAACUUUGUUGAAGCUAUUCCUCUUGCUAUAUGUCAGAUUUUUGGCUACUUAUUUCCUUUCUUGGUAAUAGUUCAUAUUGAAAUUUUCCGCUUAACUAUGUUCUCAAUAUUUACAGUAACAAAGGUGAUGUUCAUGCUAUUGUUGUUGUUUUUAUUGUUGCUUCUUGUUGCGAUUGCUACAGUUCUCAUUGUAAGACAAAAUCUUAAAUAAAAAGAUUAGACUGUAAAUAAGAAAGAUCUGUUUAGCCCUAAAAAUGGGGCCCUUUCAGUAAGUAAAAUACAGUUCUAUUUUUGAUUCUCAUUUGGCUCCCUUAAAUCAGGGCCAAUGCAAUCCAAUUACCUAGGGCUGAUUUGGACCCAAGGGCUGAAAGGGCCCCAGCUUGGGCUGGAAUAACCUUUUGAUUGGGAUGUUUUGGUAUAAAUUGUGCUCAAAGGCUCCAGGAGGGGCUAAAUGAGAUUUUGGCCUGACGAGCUGAAUUGGUACUUUAGGGCUGAAACAGAUCAUUUUCAUUUUCAGUGUAAAUGGAAAUUAUUUUAUAGACAAGUGACCAACAUAAUUUGGGAUAAGUCCUGAAGAGGUGCUUAUCUAUACGCCCUAAAAGUGCAUAUAACUGUUCCAAUUAAUCAACUUUCCGUUUAGGCCUUCAAUUAUAAUAAUACUAGUCCCCAUACCUCUCUCUUAGGUUGUCCAGAUCCAAGAGACUUGUCUUACUGCAUGUUUGAAGCCUUGUUUAAAGGUGCCUGUCUAGCGGAGAAGCCUGGGAAAACGUUUACAUCAAUAUGUAGAAAAUACUGCGAAACAUUUUGCUAACUUGGGAAAUUCUUCCUAAUUUGGGAUUCGAAAUGGUCCAAAUUUAGGUCUUGUAUUUAGCCACAAUCAUAACGUGUAUCAAAAAUUCGUGUGACAAAAAUUAAAUUUAUAAAUCAUUAAUUAUUCAAGUUCGAUCAGAUAGUCUCAAGUUAUUACUUUUUUUAAGCGAAUGAUUUGAACAUGACAACGGUUGUUUUAUUCAUCCAACGGUUGAAUGGCCAUAAAAUAAGUCGAUUGACCCUUGACUUUUCCAAUAUUUGAGCGGGAGUCGAUCCUAUAAAACUUCUCAACAUGCGCUGCUUAUAGAGGAAUUAGUGAGAGUCUUCAUUCGCCCCUCACGAUUGACAGACUGGCCCGACUAAGACAGCUCGCUCGCAAAGAACUCACGCAUGCAUACAGCCAUACCAAAUUAAGGAAAAUGCAUGCCCUCGGGGGUAAAAAGUGUUAACUAUGUCUGAUUCGAAACAAUUAUGUCUUGGAGCAAAAAAGCAAAGACAUGGUUUAUUAAUGAUUCAAUGAAUUUAAAUGCUAUUUCCCUGUCGAAACGUGGUCGAUCAGCUGCUGUUAAUUUUGAUUAUUUCAUAUCAUUAUUAUGUGGUAUUGGUCCAUCAACAAGCAACAAGCCAUCGGUCGUAUCGUUUGUGCUUUAAUUAAACCUAUUCCUUAACGAAUAUCUUUGCAGCUGGUCUGUAUUGACAUUAUUCUCACAGAGGGCUUCUGUGAUGAGUGAGCAAAAAUUAUUUAUAUUUUUUUCAUUGGCCCCUUGAUACGAAUGACACGUGCCAUUUCAAAGCACUAACAAGACCCGACCCCAUGCAUGAAGCCCACCAGCCAUUUGUGGCGCAUGCGCAGUGCAACUAUCUUCAAACGCAACUAUUGUUAAUUUUGCAUGACUAUCUUUUCAUGGAAAUUGAGAAGAGCAGUAUUACCCGUACGCCUCCAAAACUACCUAGAAUCCAACACCAAAAUCUUGCACCGCAACGAAUUUAUUCUUAAAAUAUGUCACAUUUUAAAAGAAUUUAAGUAGCAAAGAACUUUCAACGACCAACUGAUUAAUUUUGUAUUUAUUUUUUAAUUACAUCUUUUUACCACUCGAAAAGUUAAAAAAUCAAAUCAUCCCACUCAACAUUAACCACUGAAUUCAUUUUUAAAUAACAUCUCAAACUUUCCUUGAAUAUAAUCAGCAUAUAGUCGAAUAGUUUUAGUUUCAAGUGGAUUGUGAUUCUAAAUUCCAAUGGAAGGUUUUUUCAAAAACCCCUUAAACUCAUCCCUUCGCGAUGUUUCGCAGACAUUCGUUUUGUCUAAUAGGUGAAAGUUCGAGUCUUAAAGGAACGUAUGGAUAUUGCUAUCUUUCAAAUCAAUUGAAACUAAAUAUUACGAAAGUAAUAUAUAAUGUAUUUACAGAUGGUUUUUUUCUCCGCUUGAACAAAAUACUCCACGAAUAAGGUAAUUUGAUUGAUCCGGGCGCCGUUCCCGAUCCUUGUCUUUCCUUUGACAAGUUUAUGUAACCUCAUUUUCAUCGGUGAGGAUUGGUCGCUUUUUUAUAGUUUAAUUACCGGUUCGAUUAUCAAUUGAUCGUCAGUACCGUCGACGAGAAAGGCUUCAAACAGUUCAACUUACUGUCACUGCGUAGAAAGUGUUUUAGAAAGGUAAGGAAAAGAUUCUCUACUUAUUGUUGUUGUUUUCUUAUUAUUUUCUUAUUAUUUUUUUGUCUUUGUGUUAACAGCCCAUUGACGUAAUUUGAUUACUUUUAUUAGAAGCUUUUGCAGUAUAACGUCAUCGUCAUUCGGUGAGAUUGCAGGCUAAAGACACCUUCUAAUCCACUAAAGCCUCGCUAAUAUUUCAUCCAAUUUUACUAAUGCAUUCAACGAGAAGGCGCUAAAAAAUAAGCCAUUGUUAUUUACAUCUUUUUGAAAGACACUUGAUGAAACGCCAAAGGUGCUUAAGGCGAUCAAAUGAAGGUGAAUUUGAAUUUCAGUUGAACUGAGUAAAAAAGAAUUGAUAACUUAAGUUUAUAUUAGGUGUUAAUUCGUCCGUUCGCAUGAAACCAACAUCUAUUGUAGCUGGUGUUGAUCUAUGAAGUAAGACAUGACGGCACCGCCGUAGCCAGUAUGAGGCGAACCGAGGCACUCGCCUCGGUAAAAUUUUACCAAAUACUGUCGAUUUUUAUUUUUUUUUAUCAGACUGAUAAUAUUAGAAGAUUUCAUACGGCUGAUUUCGUACAACGGACCGUGUGUUCGCCUCGGUUGUAGUUUCUUCCUGGCUACGGCCCUGGACGGUUAGCCCUUUCAACGGGAAACAAAGGACGAAAUGAAGAUAAAAUGAGUUCAACAGAUCUAAUAUUUUUUCCUUCUCUUUAAUCAGGACAUUAAAAAUUUCAUCACAGCAAUGGCUCUCACAAAUAUAAUCAACCUUCUGAUUCUUGUCCUUCUCACUGCAUUUGCCACAAUGGUAACUUCUAAAGUUUAUUCCGACGAUCUUGAUCUAGAACAGUUUUCCGAACUGUUUAGUAAAAGAGAUGCUGUUGAGGGUAAGUGUAAUACAAACAUUAAACACUUAAUGACUGCUCCCAUGCCAAGGGAAACAGUUCAUUUUGUUUCCCGAGAAUCUUAAUGUUUCCAGAGGCAGAGCUAAGGAAAACAUUGAGAUUCGAGGGAAACAAAAUGAACUGUUCCCAGAGGGACCAGUCUUUAAGUGA